AUGCUGGUCCAAACUUUAGCGCAUCCGCGGAGGACUCAGCGUGCUGAGUAACACUUCCAUCAUUCCACUGACGAGAUGGUUCUGCUGGUGGCCAUAGCGGAGGCGCUGAUGGUGCUGGGUCUGGCUGUGGAGUCAGACUCUCUCUGCUCACCCACGACCUUCUACAAGAACUGCUGGAUCCGACGCUUCCCGGGUCUUCUGAUUGACCUGCAGGAGUCGCAGAAGAGGGGAGCCCAGGUGCUGAAGGUUUACGCUGAAGUCUCUCCUCAACAGUGCAGCAGAAGCUGCUGCCUUCUGAGGAACGUUUCCUGCAAUCUGGCAGUGUUCUACCUUGGACCUAUCCACGAGAAUAUGAACUGCCUGCACGUGUCUUGCCCAGCGCUGGAAAGUUGCAUACUAAAGGCUAGAAUCAAUGUCAUUUUGUACAACAUCACGACAGGGAUCGACCCAGAUCUUCUUAUUUUUGGAAAACUGACAUCCAAAGAACCAAAUACUCCCUCCUCACUGAGUAAGUAUGAAAGGCAAAACAGCACAGAGGCCACCCAGUGGGAGAGAUGUCAGCACCAUAAUGCCACGUCAAGUUCUCUUCUGCUCCAAGCUCCAUCUUCUACCACUAGCCACGGCUUAAGAGCAAGCGCUUAUACCUCCAGUACAAGCCUGAUGGUCAAAAGAUCUGAAAUUACCACUUAUUCCAGGGAAAAAACAAUUCCACUGGCUGAUCAUUUUGCUAAGAGGACAAGCACAACUUCAGUAAGCUCUCAGUCAAUCACCAGCCUGGACAAAAAGACUGUGCCCUCAACUUCGAUGCCCAACUCUGCCGAGGUAUUAUCCCACAUGCCCACUCCUCCUCGUCUGAACAGCAGUAAACAACACCUGAAUGAAACCAAAGGCUACAGCGGUAGGAAUUAUACUUCGGAUAAGGAAGCACCUGCUUGGGAAGCCACAGCUUUGGGUGUCUGGUUGAUUCCCGUUGUUCUUUGCUCUUCCCUCGUCUUCCUUUGCUGUUGUACUGCUGCUUUCACAGCAGGGCGUUGCAGAAACAGGACAGGUCAGUAUAGGCCCGUAAGGAGAAGGAGAACAACGUCGAGACAAUACAUAAAAUAUACUACUGUCAAAGGUAAUUUGUAAAAUACUGUUCACCAUCCUUGUUUUGGAACAAACAGCUUUUUUAAGAACCGAAUUGUAUAUACCAGCUUAUUUCUUUCACAGAAUCAAAGAUAACUUUUUCACUGACGGUUUCAGAGUAUUUUGAUUCUCAAUUUAAUAUUUCUCAACAGAUGAAACACAAUUCCCCUGUCUCUUUGGGUAAGAGGUACACACUUAUAGCUCCCACUGCAUGCUUAGAGGUGUUAGAACACAGUUUGGCUCAUAAUCUGACCCAAACUAAUGCCUGACAAGCACUCUCCACUUUCCCUAACUUAAGAAAGCAGAUUCACUGCAGCUGUACGUAUUCUUUCUCCUGACCUUGAACCUCAGAAAAUUAAGUGCAAUCAGUAAAAUUGACUAGAACUUUAUAGAAUCACAAAAUCAUUUAACUCUCAUUAUCCUUUAAUUGCCUCAGAUCUAAUUGUUUCUAUAAAAACUGUCCAUUUU